UGACAGAGACUUGACCAAGAUAAACUUGCACAUGCAUUAGAGUUCUUUUUUAAUCCAACAUUUAAUCAGGUAUGCUCUUUCGGAACAAGGGACUUGAAACUUCAGAAUGGUGAAGUCAUUCAGAUACCAGAUGUUGUUAGAACUCUUUGCCAUUCAACUUUCAUUAAAACUUACCUUGCUUUUUGUAAAGAAUCUGAAUUCCAAUCCCUAUCCAUGUCAACCUUGUAUAAAAUACUUCAGUCAUGUCCAGCAUCAAAAAGAAUGAGUCUUAAGGGAUUAGACAAUAUUGCAGCAGAUGGUGCAGCAGCAUAUGAAUAUCUUUCAAGGAUGAUUUCUGAUCUCAAAUCUCAUUCCAUUGAAGACAAUGAGAAAAUUCAAGACAUUAAUAAGAAAAUUCAUACAAGUAAGGUGUAUCUGAAGACCGAUUUCAAGCUGCAUGUACAGAUGGAUGAUCCCUGUCCUGACCACUGCAUCAGAUAUGCUCUUAGUGACAGCAGCAGUCCAAAUUUGAAAGUCCAAUGUCAACACAGUCAUCUUGUAAUGUGUGAUAGAUGCAACUUGUUUCCAAAUGCUAUAUCAGAACUGAAACUACUUUUAUCGAACGAAAGAAAUUUGACUGAAGAGAAGAAAUUAGAAAUGUUGUCGGACAUUGAUAUAUCAGAGAACAACAUAGCAAGAUGGAAAGAACACAUUGUUAGAUCUAUUAACCAAGAUAAAGGGCGGACAAAAACUUUGGAGGAAUUGAAGAAAGACGAAGCACUCAUUAUACUAGACUGGGCUAUGAAGUUUUUGCCCAUGUCUUUUAGAGAGAAACAGAGUGACUGGUAUGGUCAAAAGGGGACAAAUUGGCUCGUCACUGUAUGCGUUUUUAAAGAUGAUUUGAAUAAUCUCAAGCACAGAACAUAUGCUCACAUCUUUGAUGCAGCUAAGCAAGACUGGUUUUCUGUAGCAUCCAUUUUAGAACACCUUAUAUGCACACUGAAAAUUCAGAUUCCAAAUAUAAAUACAGUGUACUUAAGAAGUGAUAACGCAGGAUGCUAUCAUUGUGGAAAUCUUUAAUUAUCACUCAUGGGCAUAAGUGAAAGAACAGGCAUACAUAUAUCAAGAUAUGACUUUAGUGAAGCCCAGUGUGGCAAAUCAUAUUGUGAUGCGAAAAUAGCCCAUAUGCGUGGAAGAAUUAGACAGUAUGUGGCCAAUGGAAAUAAUGUUAGAAAUGCAACAGAAAUGAAAGCUGCCAUUGAUUCAUUUGGAGACAAAUUUAUACUAAACAAAAUAUCUACUUUUGAUGAAAUUAAAUUGAAAUGGAAAGAAUGCUGUGAUGAUGUUACAGAGAAGGUUAUGAUGGAUAGAAAUAAUGUGGUGCUUGAAAAUACUAAAACAAUAGAUUUACCAAUGGGAUGGGCUCUUAGUAAAGACAAGAAAAUCAUUCGUUUCUCUGACAAAGUAAAGACCUUUCUCAGGGGAAUCUUUCAAGGUGGUUCACAGGGUGGCAAGAAAGUUAAUGCUGUCGAUGUGGCUAAUCAUAUGAGAGUAUGUUUAGAUGAAGAGGGAAAUAAAAUGUUUCAACCACAUGAAUAUCUACAACAAGGGCAAAUAGCCUCUUUUUUCUCCAGACUUGCUGUUAUGGCUAAAAUUCCUCCGAAAAGAAGACAAACUGUUGAUGAUGCCGACCUUGAAUCUGUAGUUGCUCACUUAAACUCUAUAGAAGCAAUUGAAAUUAGCAAUAAUGAUGUUUAAUUUCUAAAUUCAGGUAUCCAAGCUUUGCUUACAUGGAUCUGACAACCCUCCAUUCUACUUUCUGUUUGAAAGACCUUUUGGGAUCCUUUGUUUUAUUCAAAAAAUAAUUCCUUCAUGGGUAGGCAUUAUAUUUGUCGAUAUUUUUCAAAUAUAAUGCCUACCCAUGUUAAAAUGGGCAUAGAGCAUGACAUGAAGGAAUUAUUACGAUUCUAAUAGGACAAAUACAGUAUUUUUAUAGGUCAAAGCGCACAAAAUACCUUAAAAAUGUUUGGCUAUUUUCGUUUCCUCCCCUGGAUUCUGUACAUUACAUUUUAAUAUUAAUAAGUUUUAAAACAAAAGACAGGGUAAAUAUAUGUUUUUGAUAAACACAUAAAAUAAAAGUUUAUGUUAGCUGCUAAAUAUAGAUAUUUUAUUAGAAUAACAUUGAAAACAACGAGAAUAUAAACAGUAAAUUUGUGCGCAUUUGUUAAACAUAUUUUGUGCUAAUUAGAAUACGGCUUUGUUUACCAAGCGUUAUAAGGACGUCAUAUUAUAAUUGGUAUUACAUGUAUAAAAUUGAGAAUGGAAAUGGGGAAUGUGUCAAAGAGAUAACAACCCGACCAUAGAACAGACAACAGCAGAAGGUCACCAACAGGUCUUCAAUGCAGCGAGAAAUUCCCGCACCCGGAGGCGUCUUUCAGCUGGCCCCUAAACAAUUAUAUAUACUAGUUCAGUGAUAAUGAACGCCAUACUAAACUCCAAAUUGUACACAAGAAACUAAAAUUAAAAAUAAUACAAGACUAACAAGAUGCACACUUUCAAACAUUUUAAAAGGUGACAAUUCAUUGGCUGGUGUAAUUAUUUCCAUAGCAGACAGUGGAAAGGAGAUUGUCAGAUCCUUUUAUAAGCAAAGCUUGGAUACAGAAUCUGUAUUUUAAUCAAACUGUACCUCUAAAAUUUCCAUUUGAACAGUGUGCACCUUUUGAACACAUGCUUGUGUUAUUGCUUGUGAUUUAAUACAAUGUUCACAGCAAUGAAUGAGUUGAUGCAUAAUUUAUUAAAUUAUAUACAGUCUCAUUCCUACGUACCAGCAGAAAAUGUAAAAGGGACAUCUUUAGCCUUAUGCUUGAUUAUAUUUUGGAAAUUUUAAAAUAUCAAAUACAAAUGUUAAUUCAAAGAAAUUUGGAAAAAAAGCAUUUUUAUUUGAUAGUAUUUAAAAAUAAAAACAGGAUACACAAGGUUUUAUUGACCUACAUUCCAUUCUUGAGUAACUUUGAUCUCGCGUUGUGUUGAAGUCAAUAUUUCAGUAACUAAAAAUGACAAGUUUUUAGACUUUUUUAUACUGCAACUGUGCUAUUUGCGAAGUUUAAUUGAAUUUGCUGUAUCAAUAAAGAUUUGUGAUCUGCAAUCACAGACUGUUAAACAGCUUGUUUUUGAUGUUAUGUUUCAUGAGUGUUCCUUAAAAUUGAAUUUUGCAUUUUGUGUGAAUCAAGAAACCAGGUUCUGAGAAUUUUUACCUCUUGCACUGCAUAUUUACUAUUGUAAGAUUUUUCUGUUACUAGUCGAUAUUAGAUGAAUUAUUAACAAAUUGACCUCUUUAUUAACUUGUGUUGAGUUUUGAAAUUUCAGUCCAUUUUACUAAGGUAAAAAUGAUACUAUAGUAUUGGAAUAAUAAACUGCUUGAUACAGAUACAUAUUAGAUAGAAAUAGGAACCAAAUGUCUAAUUUCUGUAAGUAAAUGAAAUGGAAUUUAAACUUGGUAUACUGAUGUAUCUUAUGUUGUGGUAAUGGAUGUUUGUAACAAAUGGUAAUAUUUCAUGCUGAAGUUUUCAAGUCUUAUGGUGAUAUUAGACUGAAACUUGGUAAACAGAUAGAUCUUAUUUUAAAUCAAGAGAUGCUGAGAAAUAAGGCCAAAUUGACCUGCAAUUCAUAUUAAGUGACCUUGCUGUUUUUUUUAUAUUUUAUAUGAAUUUGUCUGUAAUACUGUUGCAUUUUGUGUCAAUCUUCAAUAUCAGAAUUUCUUGAAAUAGUUAUUGUUAUCAGAAUUGGACAGGUACUUGAUUUUUGUAUGAAUAAAAUUA